CUAAUAAAUAAGUUGAACAGUUCAGAAAAGUAGCUGAUUGAAAUAGAAACGCAAUUCAACAAGUCAUCAAAAAUCAACAUGGCAAGCGAUGGAGAAAAAACUUUUACGCGUGCGGAAGUCGCCAAACACAACACGAACAAGGACACAUGGUUGCUCAUCCACAACAGUGUCUACGAUGUGACAGCAUUUCUGAACGAGCAUCCCGGCGGUGAGGAGGUGCUGAUCGAGCAGGCCGGCAAAGAUGCCACUGAGAACUUUGAGGAUGUCGGACACAGCAACGAUGCCCGCGAAAUGAUGAAGAAAUACAAAAUCGGUGAACUCGUUGCCAGCGAGAGGACGAGCGUUGCACAGAAAUCGGAACCCACCUGGAGCUCAGAUACACAGAACGAGGAGAGUUCGAUGAAAUCGUGGCUGUUGCCCUUGGUGCUCUGUCUGUUUGCUACGCUGUUCUACAAAUACUUCUUCGGAAGUGUUGUGAAGCAACAGUAAAGUCAGCCAAAAGAUGUUGUUGUUGUUGCGCUUUAAUUGCAACUCUCACUCACCCAACCGCUGAUGCCUCCCAUUCUGUCUGACUGAGACACACACCCUAGAAGAUACACAAACAUACACACUGCAACACAGUCGCAUUCCAAUGCCAUUGCCUUUUAAAAAUAUGUUGUGUGUUGCACGCUUGCUGGAGGUCAUUAGCAGUUGUUGCCGUGUCUGUUGCAGUUGCAGCUGCAGUUGCAGCAAGUAGAAAGAAUUUGUGCUAAGUUUUAAAGAUAAAAAAAUAAUGAAAAAGAUAAUGUGAA